AUGUCUUUCUUUUGUUCUUUCUUUCUUUCUUUCUUUCCCUCUUUCUUUCUUUCUUUCUUCUAUGUAUACUUCUUUGUUUUUCUUUUUUCUUUUCUUUUCAUUUGCCUUCAUUUUUUUCAUCUUUCUUUCUUUAUUUCUUUCUUUUUACUGUUUCCUUCCUUGCCCCCUUCCUUCGUCUCUCUUUCUUUCUUUCUUUCUUUCUUUCUUUUUUCUUUCUUUCUUUCUUUUAUUUAUUCCAGUAUUUCUGUUUUCUUCGUUUGUUCUACUUUUCUUCUUUCAUUCUUUCUUCGUUCCUUUCUUUCUUUCUUUCUUUGUAUGAUUUUAAUUUUUUUUAUCCUUGUUUACUUUUUUCUUUUACCUUCUUUCUUUCUUUCUUUCUUUCUUUCUUUCUUUCUUUCUUUCUUUCUUCGUUCGUUCGCUUCUUUCUUUCUUUUUUUUAUUGUUUCUUUCUUUGUUACUUCCUUACUUACUUCCUCCUUUCGUUCCUGCCUUUAUUUUAUUCAUUAUUCAUUUAUUCGUUUUUUCUUUCUUUCUUUCUUUCUUUCUUUAUUCGUUCCAUUAUUUCUUUCCUCGUUCCUUCGAUCCUUUCUUUUUUCUUUCUUUAUUCCUUUCUUCAUUCGCUUCUUUUUUUUUACUUUUCCUUCCUUCCUUACAUCGUUCGUUCCUUCCUUCAUGUUUUACUUUUUAUUGUUUCCUUCCUUCCUUCCUUCCUUGCCUCCUUCCUUCGUCUCUUUCUUUUUACUGUUUCUUUCUUUCUUUCUUUCUUUCUUUCUUUCUUUCUUUUCAUCUUUCUUUAUUCGUUCCAUUAUUUCUUUCCUCGUUCAUAUCUAUCUAUCUAUCUAUCUAUCUCAAACAGUCCAUAUUAAUCUUAGACUGUCUAUAUCUAUCUAUCUGUCUAUAGAUAAUUAUAUCUAUCUAUCUAUCUAUCUAUCUAUCUAUCUAUCUAUCUAUCUAUCUGCAUCAGUCCAUAGAUAA